AUGGAAGUCACAGGCGAACUCGUCGCGGACUCCGGUCAACACGGUCUGCUUGAGCUUGUUCUUCGUUUGACGUUGGCGGGAGAACCCAUGGCGCUGGCAGAAGCGACGGAGAAAACGAAUCAAGGAGUCGUAGGCCACGACAGCCUUUUCGGCCACAGCUCUCGCGUCGAAGGCAACAAGACCGUCUUGCAGUACUGGUUGGUCGAUGGCAAAUACUGGCCCGAGCUGCGCCAGAUCGCUUUCAAGCUCUUCAGCAUGGCAACGUCGAGUGCCGCCUCAGAGCGAAACUGGUCCAUCAUGGGCUUCAUUCAUUCGAAUUUGAGGAAUCGCUGA